AUGACUCCCACUCCGCCGUCGACAAAUUCUUCUACGGGUGGCCGCUCACCCGAAGAGCAGUACCGGGUUGUGCGCAAGAGAAACAGAAUUCCUCUGAGCUGUUAUCCUUGUAGGACCAGAAAAAAAUGCGACCGGAGCCACCCAUGCAGCAAUUGCGUGAAGCGCGAGGGCGCAGGAGCUGCGUCUUGCUCAUACGCCACGCCCGUAAGCCGCAAGAAAAAUCCGGAUCAGGGAGCGGCGAGCCCCGAUGACAUGCAAAACAGAAUCAAUCGACUUGAAGGUUUGGUUCUCUCAUUAAUGCACAAUGGAGGUAAUACGGAUGGCGCGGCGGCUACCGCGAUGGAUGUUGAACGGUCUGGCUCUCAAUCUCAGACGGAUGGUACAUCGUCUGCCAGAAACGCUCGAGAGGAGGACCCCGCUCUGAUUGAUGAGGACAGCGAUGUCGAUGAAGGCCUAGCUACAUCACUAGGAGUUUUGAAGGUCGACAUGGACAAUGGGAAAUCCAUGUACAUUGGCCAAGAACAUUGGCAUACCCUUCUUUCCGACAUUGCAGAAGUCAAGAACUACUUCGCCAGUCACAAAAAGGAACUCGAGACAGGCUACGAACGUGUACGGAAUUCCAAGCCCAUGGCCGCUCGCGAAGGCCCUACCCUCCUGCUUGGCGCUCCACAAGCCUCCGAGGUCGAACUGAGGGCCGAGCUGCCUCCCAAGUCGAGCGUUCUGACGCUAUGUAGUCGCUACUUCAAUUCCAUGGAUAACGCUGUCAACAUAAUCCAUGGCCCGACAUUCCAGCAACAGCUUCGUGCAUACUGGCAGGAUCCAUCAAAGACAUCCAUCAUGUGGUUGGGCCUGCUGUACUCCGUCCUCACGCUCGCUAUGCUCAGUUAUCACAAAGUGGGCGAUGAGCCUCCAGAGUGGAAAGGACGAACCCUGGAAAUGGCUUCCGACUUUCGCAUGCGAACUGUACAAUGCCUCAUCAAGGCAGAUUACACCAAGCCCGUUGACCAUACCAUCGAAACGAUGAUUCUUUACGCAUUCGGAGAGUAUUCGUCGCGCUGGGAUGCAGAUCUUGGGUUGUGGAUGAUCGUAUCCCUCAUCACGAGGCUGGCCUACCGCAUGGGCUACCACCGGGACGCGAAAUGGUUUCCGUCCAUUACGCCAUUCCAAGCCGAGAUGAGACGAAGAACAUGGGCAUUGGUGAGGAUGUCUGAUGUGAUCUUUUCACAUCAAGUAUCGUUACCGAGCAUGAUCUAUGAGCACGACUGCGACACGCAACUGCCCAACAACCUAUUUGAUGAGGACUUUCAUCUGGACACAAAGGAGCUUCCUGCAUCAAGGCCGGCGACGCAACCAACACCAGUGUCAUACAUGAUAGCCAAAGCCAGGUUGUGCAAUGAACUUGGCAACAUUCUCCAAGCAACGAAUGGAAUCGGCAAACAUGUAUCAUACGAUGAGAUUCUCCGGUUUGACGCCAAGUUGAGGCAGAUAAUGCAAGAUCUCCCGCCACACCUGAGGUUAAAAUCACUCGAGGAUACGCACGAUCCCGUUACAUUAAUUAUUGCCAGGUUCAACGUGGAAAUUCUGUCCCAAAAGAUCUUUUGUCUACUUCAUCGAAAGUACCUCCCACGUGCGAGGCAAAACACAAGAUAUGCACACUCUAGGAGAUGCGCGAUCGAGGCUUCGUUACGAGCAUUAGAUCAUCUGGCGACCCUCAAUCGUGAGUCCCAACCCAACGGGCGGCUGCGGUCCGUUGGGUGGUAUAUCAAGUCCAUUGCAACCAAAGAUUUCAUCCUCCCCGCCAUGUUGAUCAUCCUCGACCUGCACUAUGACAAUAUGGCUUCGCAAAACAGAGCAGCCGAGACCGAGGGCAAUUUUCUCUGGACUGCAGAACAGAGACAGCGAAUGAUCUCGGCUUUGGAAGAGGCUGCAAGCAUAUGGAAAUGCCUUGCGGAAACCUCCAUGGAGGCCUACAAGGCAACCAAAAUUGUCGAAAUCAUGCUCCAAAAAAUAAAUCGUCCUUCGGAGAGCGGUAACCGGGGCCCUACGGAUUCUCAACCUAGUAUUCCCUCAGCUAGUCCGUUUGGAGGCGACCCAUCUAUGGCCAGUCUUUCUCAAGCGUUCGCAUCCCCCAUGGCAGGGGCAGGGAUGGCUGAUCCGGGAAUGGGUGUGAAGCCUUUCGACGAAAGCGCCAAUCUGUUCAAUAUGGAUUGGGGACUAUCGCCCUCAGCUGUAAUGAACCUCAACACGGGAACCGCCGCCCUUGGACCUGGCUCCCCUCUGUCUAUGUUUCCUAAUGGGAGCGGCAGCAUGGCGCCUGAGUUGACCGGCGAUUUCGACUGGGGGGCGUUUGAGAACUAUGCACAGACGGCAAACUGGGGGGUUGAUGCGAGCUUUCAGAUAUACGGGACCGGUACUAGCGAUUCAUCGCCGGAACAGCAGUCGAUGAAUCCUCCUCAAUAA